GUCUGGAAAUGCUGGGCAGUGGACUGGAUGGGUGUCAAGAUUGGGCUGAAGUACAGCGACAAAUGUCAGGCCUUCUCAAUAAAAUGUCGGAGAUGGAGAGGGACAAUGCUAGACUUCAGCGGGAGUUGCAUGCCGAGCGAACAAGAGCUACGACGGGGCAACCUCCUAGGUCUAUGCCGCCUCCACCUCUACCGCGAUGUGAUGUUGAUCGUCAUCAAGGUGCUUCAAGAGUUCCGCAGGGUGAUGUUUCAGGAGUACCUGUAG